AUGAAGAAAUUAAUAAUUUGGACAAAAUCAUUUUUAAUAUUUUUUAUAUGCAAUAUUGCAAAUAUUGUAUUAAUUUUUGCGAAUGAUUCCACAUUAUGCUUUGAUCGACCAGAUCCAUUAAAGCCUUAUUAUCUAGAAAGAGUAUCAUGUCCAAUGGUAACAGAAAAUGAAACUUAUUCAAACUUAAAACGUGAUACUAAUAUGUUCAAUUUGACUUUUAUUUGUGGAAUCAACGAUCAAACGCUUUGUAAAAAAGUAAAAAGUGCUUUUGAAUCUGCUGAAAAAAUUCUUUCUGAUACAAUUUUAUUUAAACAAACAGUGAAUGUUAAUGCCACAUUCACUAAUAUUUGUGCCGCAUAUGGUGCUUGUAAUACUGUAAAUUCAGGAAUUGAAACUCAAGUCAUUGGUGGUGCAGCUCCAUCAAGAGUUAUGAUGCUCAGGGAUGAUGAUGGAGUUAAUCGAUUCUAUCCUCAGUCUCUUGUAAAACAACUAGGAAAUACAAAUCAUCCAAAAUAUAGUGAUUAUGAUAUUAAUGCUAUUUUCAAUAGUGAAAACGUUUCAUAUUGGUUUAAAGAAGAUGGGAAUAUAAAAUAUAAUCAGAUAGACAUGGAAAUGGUCAUAUUACAUGAAUUGGUACAUGGAUUAGGAUUUAUUUCUAGCCUUAAUGAUUAUAUGAAUGAUCCACCAAAAGGGUUAACACCUUAUGUUAUUGGUAUUUUAAAUACUACUGGAACUAAUUAUCAUUUUAUCGAAGACAUGUUUGAUAAGCUCAUGUCUGUGGUUUCCACAGGUCAAAGUGUGUCAGAUAUUGUCAAGCAAAUGGACGUUUUUGGUGAUGUGCAAUAUGUUACUCCGGAAAGUUUUACAAUAACAUUUGAAUCAUCACCUCAAUAUAAAUUGGCAACAGAUUUAUUUUCAAAAGCUACUAUUCCAAAUUCUUUAAGCCUUUUAAGUGGGGAUGAUACUAUAAUUCUUGAAACGUCAUUAACUCCUUAUAAUUAUAAAUCAAGUAUUGGUCACUUUAGUUAUCAAGAGUAUAGUAAUACCAGUGAUUUCUUAAUGAGAUAUUCGGUCGAACAUGGAGUAACACUUCAGCAAUAUGUAGCAAUGGGUGGGAAUUAUGCGAACGGUCCAAUAGGCCCAAAAUUAAGAGCAUUUCUCAAGUCUCUAGGGUAUACGGUUCGUGAUUCAACAUCAGGAACCCAAAUUAGAAUAUCUACAAUUAUUUCAAAAACGAAAUUAAUAAUUUUGAGCAUGUUAAUAAUUUCAUUAAUGAAUUUUAUUACGUCACCUUGUGAAAUAAAUGGAUUUCCUUUAUAG